CUGCAGCACGUGCACACGCGUCGUCCAUUGAGGGUGCUGGUGACGUUCGGGGCUUUCACACGAGUUCGCGUUUCCCCUCGGCGGCGGCUGGAUAUUUCUAUCCUGAUUAGCGCGAUGAGCUGAGCGCCUCUCAACAGGUGGGGGAACCAAGCGGCGCAUUUCCGUUGGCCGCCUCUCUCAAGACAAAACCAGCCGCGGCGAACCGUCCCUACUAUCCUCCUGGAGAUGAAGAGGCGGGUGGUGCUUCAGGAGAAGAUGGGCGCCUUCUGGAGCGCAGUGGAAACGAAUUCUCGCUCCUUCUUGCAGCAAAGAACGGCAAAGGGAACAAAGGUAUAGCAAACGGACGAGGAGACCCUGGUGCGCCGCGCAUGAUUUUUACGGAAAAAGAGGCGCGCGAGGUCCAGGACUGCCUGCAGCGGCUCUACGCAACGGCGCUGUGGAGAGGCAAGUGCGCAGCUGAGAGCGAACAAAAUCAAAACGGAAUGCAUACUUCUUUUCAAGCAGCAAGCGGAGCCACCCCCUACAAUGCUAUUCCUCCGGGUUUUCGUCCCGAAGACAGAGUGGUCCCGGAACUGCCAUACGCUAAUGGCAGUGCCGCGGCUCAGCGAAAGAACACAAACACCUCGAGUCGUGCUGCCGGCCUCGGCCUCGUUGAUGAUUCUUAUCCACCGGCGCCCCUGCCUCCGGAGUGCUUGUUGAAUGUGGGUAACUACAACAACAGCAUAGAGGAGAGGAAGUCCCGAUUGGCGUCGGCAGGAACCAACGCUGCCGGCAUUCCGUUGGAGCAUGAAUAUUCCGCAAGCAACGUGAGGGGUGCCACGUUUCACGCAUCCCUAGGAGCACUAGGAGGACACGUAGGAAGAGGAACAACACCUGGACAAGACGAUAUGUUCGCACCUCCUGAUUAUCUAGCGAUGAACUUGGCCGCGAAUGCGGAUGCAGCCGCAGCUCCCGAGCAGCAUAUGAUGUGGGGUCCCGCCGGAGCGACCUCAACUUCUGCUGCUCUACAACAGCCAUAUUGGUUCAGUGGGCAGGACUACGACGCCGGUUGGCGCGAUCAUCCGCUUUGGGCUUCUACCUCCGUUUACGACGACAGCACAGGUACAGGAGCUAUGAAUCCCAAUCUACAACCUGCUUUUCGUCUUUUGUCGUCCAGUAGUACGGGAGUGAGCAGGAGCGUUAGUACUGCUCCUGCUGCGGAACAUCAUGAGCAAACGUAUUCUGGCAAAAGCAUGCUCAAUGGAGGAAAUGGAACAACAGCUGGUAGUGUCGAUCCUCGCCACGUCGAUCCCCGUCCGCCUCAACACAAAGGAGCUUCUUCAUCAAAAAGCGGUAUGCUGAGUCGAUGCGCCUCAGCGCCAAAAUCAUCUUCAGCCGACAAUGCCUCACGAACAGGAGAAGAGGGCGGCAGUCUCGUGAACAACAAAAAUCGUACAAGCGACAGCAAGAACAAACCGAAAUUAUCCGAUAACCCUUGCAGUCGCACUUCAAGCUAUCCCGCGCGUGGGGGUCAACCUGCGAAAGAUGUGACCCACUAUACCGCGAGCAACGGGUGCAACAACUACGAAGGAGUCACAACAGGCAGUCAGAAGUCUCAUCAACAGUAUAAUACUUCUACUAGUAAGGCAGGAGGAGCGUCAUCAUCGGUGGGAGACCCUCCCAGCAAUAGUGUAGACGAAAGUGAGACAACGGGCGGCAAAGAUGAUUUGCUAGAUAAGACGCGAUCGCGAACCGCGUGGGCUACCUCGACGAAAGGCUCCAUGAACAGCGCCAUCACUUCUAAAGUUAAGGCUUCAGGAGGAAAUCCAAAUCUAUCUUAGCCAGCAUCUUGGGGCCGUUUCGUACGGGAAAACGCGCACCUAGAUGCUCCACAAGGUGGAUUUCUCCCAGCUCUAAUAGAGGGCUAUCGAGAUCCACUUCACAACUCAACACGACCAGCAAAAGCAAUGAGACUGGAGGCAAGGCUGGGCCCAAAUCACCAGGGAUGACCCGGUACCCGCCGCCGUCAACGACCAACUCCGAUCAGAAAGUAUGUUCCGUCGUACGCAGGACCAGCGCAGGCAGCAGCGCCGAGAGCAGAAGUGUCAUCGACCAGAGCGCCACCGAUAAUUCCAGAGGAGGCAAAAAAACUAGGAUCACAUCCGCCACUUCAAAGACCAGGUACUACUAACGAUUUAUUUCAUGACCUAUCUGCCGUCACCACGUUCCUGUUAUGUACUCUUUUUUUCAUAUCAAACAUGGAAUUUUGUCACUUCAUAAUUUACCUAUGUUGUACUUGUAGUUGUAGUAUAUUAAUAAAUAAUAUAUAUUAUACAUAACAAGGCAGUCGUGAAGACUGUUUCAGUUUCAAUUUCUAUUUGAUACAUUGUGAUUAUAUUACUUUGAUGCCCGUCCCCGUCGUGCCUCAUAUCAAAAGACCACAUGACUUGCAGAAGAGUACCACGACGACCACGACACUUCUAUUUGUAUUAAUAGUAGUAGUUGUAGAAGCACUCUACUUGUUCUACUAGUAGUUGUAGUACUCUAGUAGUUGUAGAAGUACUUCACUUCUACCAGAAGAACAAGAGCACAGAAGAACAAGUGCACACUAGGAGAGCAUGAUACGCGAAUAAGAGAACAACAACGAGGACAACAGCAGGAAAGUGCGCGCCUUGGUGCUACACAACCGCUAGUAUCCGAGUCAAGUUUCAGGGGAUGAAUACGAUACGUGCGUCAUAACAUUACUUGUUUGGAUUUUCAAUCUUGGUCGGCCCUUUCCCUUCAAUCAAACCUUUAGGAAGAGUGCUUUUAAGUUUCUACUCAAGAAGUUGGUCAACUAUCUACUUGACUUUUUAUGCACCCACAAUCUAGAGACUUUCAUGUUCAUCAUUCUUCUCAUUUAGGAUUUACAUUUACUUAGUUAGUACUUGGCUUUACAUUUACUUAGCAAGUGUUUACUAACUGUUACCUCACGGCGAGCGUGCUCUGACUCUAGGAGGGUGCCACACUAGAUGAUAAAUUUUGCGCUCCGUUGUGGAGGCACUCGAGGUAGGUACGGGUAUUAAGGGUAUCAUCAAUCAAUUAAGGUGGGGCGGCAAGGCGGGUUGCCGGGGUGCUGGUCGUCCGUGGUGGGAGGGUUGCCAGAGGAUAAGUAGCGAUACACUGGGCUACUCGUCCUAAGCCUUAUGAUUUAGCAGUAGUUUUUUUUUCUACUCUGACCUAGUACGGGGGUCGUCGUCCACGUCGACCGCUGUGCAUAAUACUAAUAAAUAGAUAGGAGAGACGCCGCAAUAUGUACUAAAUAGGAGAUGAGAUGAACAACACCAGCCGCACCGCCGAGAGGCAGCGAGGAAGACCGUGAGAGCGUCAGAGGAUGGAGAGAGG